GUCUGAGGCUAAAUCGGUAAAAAGAUAGGAUCUAGGUUUCGCCCGCCGCAUAUGUCACGAUAUUAACUCGUGAAGGAACUUCCUAGGGUUGGUUGUGCGGUGCGGCGUUGAAGUUUUCAGCAACGAUGGUCAAGUUUAGGUUUCAUCAGUACCAGGUGGUCGGCCGAGCCCUUCCGACCGAGGCGGACCAACACCCGAAGAUCUACCGUAUGAAGCUCUGGGCUACCAAUGACGUCCGAGCCAAAUCCAAGUUCUGGUAUUUCUUAAGGAAGUUGAAGAAGGUGAAGAAGAGCAAUGGUCAAGUUCUUGCUAUCAACGAGAUUUUUGAGAGGAAACCAACAAAGAUCAAGAACUAUGGUAUCUGGCUGCGUUACCAGAGCAGAACAGGUUACCAUAACAUGUACAAAGAGUACAGGGAUAUUACACUGAAUGGUGCGGUUGAGCAGAUGUAUGAUGAAAUGGCGUCUCGCCACCGCGUCAGGUACCAUGGCAUCCAGAUCAUAAAGACGGCCACCAUCCCUUCCAAGCUCUGCAAACGUGAAAGCACCAAGCAGUUCCAUGACUCGAAGAUCAAGUUCCCUCUAGUCUUCAAGAAACUCAGGCCCCCCACCAGAAAGUUGAAAACCACCUUCAAGGCCUCUCGCCCUAAUCUGUUUACUUAGACAAGGAUAAGUGGAAGAGUUAUUCGUGAAGUUUUUAUUAUCAGCGAACCAUUUUAGCCUCGCCAUGUGUCAUGGAUCAUCCUUUUUGUGGUUGUCUGACUCGGAUUGUUACUUUCAGAUAAGUCAAAUCUUAUUUCAGUGAUAUUUUUGACAUUAAUGAUUUUCAUUGAGCCAAUCAGUGGAAGUUGUAUGGACUCUACAAUUUAUCCUGUUUAAAUGUGCUUGGUUGCAUUUCA